ACAUUAUUAACUGUCACCUCUAUUCUCUCCUUUUAUUCGAACAUCUCAAACACGCUUUGAAUUUAAUUUUGGAUAAUUUGAAUUUCAUUCCGGACAGUAUUUACGGAAGACUCAAUAAAACUCGGCUUCAUUGGUUACAAAAACUAAACAGGCAGGCUGUUGAUUUCUGUCUUUAUUACAAUUCCAUACAUAUACAGCUUAUCAUAUGGCAGAUACAAUUAAGAAAGUCCAGGAAUAUAAGGAUGAACUGAUUAAAAAGGCGGAAGUGCUCAUUACCCGAGGAUUUCCCGAAAAAAUUGUUGAACUGAAUGAAAUUUUGGAAACAAAAAUGUUUGCUGAUCGAAAUUUUCAUGAUGUGUACCAGCAGGUGAACAUUCCAAUUCCAGAUGCAAUUGUCUUGAACCAUGUCGAUGAAACAGAAGACGGACCUCCGACCAAACGAACUCGUUUAUCAGAAACUGCUCUCACAUCUGGCACCAGAGUACUCGCUCUACCAUCUGGUACGGUCCAUUGCAAUGCACCGAUCUGUGAAUUAAUCAAAGUGGUGAAGCCAGUGAUUCGGAAAUUGGUGGAAGACUCAAAUCUUUUAAAGAUGUGGAUAUCGUUCAUGAUCCCAAAGAUUGAAGACGGCAACAAUUUCGGUGUAUCGAUCCAGGAAGACACGUUAGCUGAAAUCCAAUCAGUGGAGACGGAAGCAGCUGCAUUUUUUGAUCAAAUAUCGAGAUAUUUCAUAUCGCGAGCAAAAGUCGUGUCGAAAGUAGCGAAAUAUCCACAUAUUGAGGAUUAUCGACGAGCUGUUCAGGAGCUCGACGAAAAAGAAUUUUUAAGUCUCUGGUUGGUGAUGUGUGAAGUACGCAAUCGUUAUUCUUCGCUGCAUGACAUUGUCAUUAAAAAUUUGGAAAAGUUGAAGAAACCAAGAUCAUCAAAUGCCGAAAGUCUCUACUGAGGACUUUUCAUUUUUCAGUUCAGUCUCAUUACAAUUUUUAAUAUAUAAUUUUAGAGAACUAAUGUUAAUAACAACAUCAACGCCUUUAUUGUCAUUGUAAGAGAGUAAAGACAUUUUAAUUUGUUCUUGAUUAAAUUCUGAGAAAAAACAAACAGUUAUAACGAAAAACUUGAUUUGUGGUCGAUUACAA